AUGAAUUUAGUUGGGGCGCUAGAGUUUCGUUGUUUUAGAGAGGUGGUCCAUUCAUCGGGGAAGCUUGUCUACGAUGGAUCCAUCGAACGCAUCAGCUGUAUAAACACAGCAUGAAGACUACGCAGCUCUAAGCAGCAGGACGGUUCUGCUUCAAGUGGCUCCAUUGUUGAGAAACAAAGAUGGCCGAAGCUACCGCCGACGAUCUGGAAUUCCAGAGAACGAGUGAGAAAUAAUUUUAAUUCCAGAUAUAUUAUUAUCCUCUCCCUUGCAAGCUUUAUUAUUUUUGCAGACUAGAAAUUUUUGCUGAAAUGUUUGCGCUGUUUGGGUAACAGUUAGAAGGACAACAAGGGCAAGAGUUCUAUUGUUUAGACCUUGCCACGGUUUUGAAAGCCAUCUUGACGGGUAAGAAAUUACAGAGUUUGUAUGAGAAUCCAUUGUCCAAAAAUUUUCGUUAAAUGGCCGUUUUCAAAAAUGUAUGAAUUGCGAAUCUAAGUUACAAGGUAAUGGACUUUUGCAGCAAAAUUUAAUGGCCUGAUCUGGGCUAGAACCGCUUUCGCCGACCAAAAUUUCCCGGGAAAAAUUACAAACCCGGGAAAAUUCAGGCGCGCAGGCACGGCUCCGAAAAUUUGUCAGUAGAAUACUGUACUUCGUGGCUUGAGUGUUUUAUUGUUAUUUUCUUUUUUGAAAACGGUUGUUUUACAAAAAUUAUUCGACACUGAAUGCUCAUGCACACGCUGUGACUUCUCUCGCGUUUGCCAACUCGUCACGGUGCUUUCCAAAACACAGUCCGUGACAAGAUCUAUAGAUACGACCUCAGAUCACUUCCUUGCUUAGCUGUGUUCGCUUUUUUUUUUCCAGAUUCAUUCGUGCAGUGGCUUAUAGAUGCAUGAUACGCUGGCUUUGUGGGUAUAUGGGCUGGGAAAACACAAGGCCCCUUCCAGCCUGUAUUUAUCAUGACAUCAGGUCUCGUUUAUACCAGACUUUGCAAUCAAGAGGAUACAGAAACGCACUGCCAGAAUAG